GAUUUAUAUACAUAAAGUUUCCUGAUAUAAAGCUUAUUUUAUCUUCUCCUUCCUUCCCCUUCAUUUAGUUAAUAAAUGAAAAACGCAACAAAAGGAUAUUCAAAGGCACCCUUUCAUGUGCGAAUCAUUUACUUUGGUUGUGAAAAUUGUGGUAGACGAUGGAGAAGCGCAGCAGGAAGUUUGAAUGAUUUUCAAAUAUGUAAAAGAUGCCACGAAAAGUGCUAUCCAAGAAGCUAUAAAUAUCAAGCGCCUAAUAAAAGGGGAAACGAGAAUAGACAAACUGCUUUACCGCAUGAUUCUUCCUUAUGCGGUAAAUGUAUACGUUUAGGGUAUUCAUGUAUGGAAGUAACGGAUAUUGAUUUAAAUGGUCGCAUCGUCAGGGAAUUGGUCGGUGAAGACGGAGAAGAGACGAUCAUUUACAAUGAAGACAUUGAGAUAUCUGAUUAUCAAAAAAUAUAUUUUAAUUGAAAAAUCAAAUAAUGAUGAUGAAGAAGAAAACCUGCAUCAGUCAAAUUGUAGUAUUAAAGACAGUAACGAACCGUCAAGCGAUGACAAUAAAGAAGAUAAGCUGCAGCAAUCAAAUAACGAUGCUGAUGAAAGUAAAAAUGGUUCAAAUCCUUCUACUCACGAUGUUGAAGAACAUUCAGAUAGUGAUACUGAGGAAAAUAAGAAUAUUUCAAGUGCUUCUGUUGAAGAAGAUAAGGAUCUUUUAAAUACUUCCUCUGAAGAAGAUAAAGAUCUUUUAAAUACUUCCUCUGAAGAAGAUAAAGAUCUUUUAAAUGCUUCUGCUGAAAAUGUUACAGAUCUUUUAAAUAAUUCUGCUGAAGAAGAUAAAGAUAACCCUAAUACUUCUUUUGAGGAGGACAAAAGUCACUCGAACCCUUUCACUGACGAAAAAGAAUCUAUAACCGAUAAUAUCAAGAAAAUAGAAGACGCGACAGACGAAAACAAUAAAUUGGCUGACAAAAUUAAGCAGCUUGAAGUUGCCGAGUCAAAUAAGGAAGCUUAUUAUAGUGAUUUUUCCAUUGAUUAUGAUGACUUUAUAAAAAACAAUGAUGAAUGAACAUGAAAUUGUGAUCAGC